AUGAGAGAUCUUGUAGUAUUAGGGGGGUCGUCACACCCUAGCCUUACCAAGGCUAUAUGCCGUAACUUGACUAUAGAGCAGGGAGUAGUUAAGUCGGUGAAAUUUUCCAACGGAGAGACGAGCAUCGAAGUAGUCGACUCAGUCAGAGAGAAGGAUGUAUUUAUAGUGCAGAGUGGAUGUGGGGAUGUAAAUGAUACUUUUAUCGAGUUAUUGAUUAUGAUCGCUGCAUGUAAGACCGCUUCUGCUAAGAGAGUUACUGCCGUGUUGCCUUUGUUCCCAUACAGUAGACAGGCAGAUGUGCCACAUGCCGCAAACAAGACCGGGGCCCCUUCGAUUUCACACCAGAAGGAUUCAUAUACCUUUGAUAGUGCCCCAUCUACGCCCAGACCAUUGUCCAGAGCUGCAUCUCAGGCAAACCUGAACAGUGUUAACAACCCAAUUGCCAAUGGAAGCGGUACAAUCAACAACAAUAACCUUAAACAACCAACCCCCACCAGAAAACUCCCGUUUGUAGCCAAGUCUAUCGUAACCAACUCGGCAGGCACUCUAGGAACUGUUGAUGCGUACGGGAAGACCGAAAGUGGAUAUAAGCAAUGGAUUGCUCAAAAUGGGACUUUGAUAGCCAAUUUGUUGACCACUGCUGGGGCCGAUAGGUGUAUUACUAUGGACUUGCACGAUCCUCAGUUCCAAGGGUUUUUCAAUAUCCCAGUUGAUAACCUAUACUCCAGACCGUUGUUGAAGCACUACAUAAUCGACUUCAUUCCAAAUUAUCAGCAAUGUGUGAUCGUUUCUCCAGAUAGUGGGGGAGCCAAGAGAGCUACCUCCAUUGCAGAUAACUUAGGAUGUUCAUUUGCACUUAUCCACAAAGAAAGGAGAGCCAAGGUGGCCAAGAACCCGCCAUCUACACUGAUGUCAUCUUCAAAUUCAGUUUUGAGUUUGAAUUCGAGUGAAGUGCUCAUUUCUGGGCAACAAACGCCAGCUUCAUCCAGUGGGCAAAUGGUUGCAACCACUAUGCUCGUUGGGGAUGUAAAGGAUAGAGUGUGUGUUUUAGUGGAUGAUUUAGUAGAUACUUCAUACACCAUUACUCGUGCUGCCAAGCUAUUAAAAGACCAAGGUGCAAAAUACGUAUAUGCGCUUGUGACCCACUCUGUUUUAAGUGGAGAUGCUAUCAAUAGGUUGCAAAAGUCAUCUAUUGACAAGAUUAUUACUACUAACUCUGUUCCUCAAGCUGACCACGUGAGACAUCUUGGAACCGACAGGUUGGAGGUUUUAGAUGUUUCCAGAAUUUUAGCGGAGUCUAUCAGAAGAAUUCACAACGGGGAAAGUGUGUCCAUGUUAUUCGAUCACGGGUGGUGA